UUCAGGCUGUUCUUGUUUUUUUGUUUGUUUUGUUUUGUUUUUUUUUUUUUCAUUUUUAUCAGUACUGGGGAUCAAACUCAUGACUGCCUGCUUGCAAGGCAGGUACUUAUGCCGCUGAGCUAAAUCCCCAGCCCCAGUUCAGGCUGUUCUUUUUUUUUUUUUUUUUGUCUUUUUCCUUUUUAUCGGUACCAGGGAUCGAACUCACGACUGCCUUCUUGCAAGGCAGGCGCUUAUGCCGCUGAGCUAAUCCCCAGCCCCAAGUUCAGUCUGUUCUUGAGCUCACUUUGUAGCACAGGCUGGUCUUGAAUUUGCAACAAUCCUCCUGACUCAGCCUCCUGAAUGCUGAGAUUACAGGCGUGCACCACCAUGCCUUGCUGGCAGGGCAAAAUUUGAGGACUACCAUGCCCUGGAACUCUUUGUGCACCCACCACCCUAGUGGUAUCUCUUUCCCUAGCAACAGUGACUCACAAAGCUGGGCGGUGCCAGACAGAUGUAGCCUCCCACUGGCUCUGGAAGCCAGGUCACAAAGGCCGUUAUGGCCUACCCAGAAGAGGCAUGCCCCAAGACAGCCCUGUGUAGCAUUAUCUUUGCAGCUGGGCAGGGCCUGUGCCUCCUGUCACCCCACAGCCCCCAAACUGGACCUCAGAACUAGUGCAGCAAAGCACGAAGCCUCAGUGUGCCCAUGUGUGUCAUCUGUUUUGUGAAGGCAUUGGUACAUGUGUUCAAGAUCUACCUGACAGCCAACUAUACCUACAACUUUCGCAGCUGGCCUGUGGACUUUCGAUGGGAUGAUGUGUGCUCUGCUGGUGGGGGUGGCAGCAGUCAUCGGGCACUGACUUGCACAGCAGCUGCUGCAGGUGUGUGGUUGCUUCGGGAUGCAGCACUGGGAGGGGAUGCUCCAGGGCGGCCACUGCGCCGGACUCGAAGCCAGGCACAGUGCCUCUUACAGCAGAUCCGAGAGCUGCCCAGCCAGCUUACCAGCUAUGCCCUGGCCCACUCACUAGGGCGCUGGCUCGUGUACCCUGGCUCCAUGUUCCUGAUGUCCCGAGCACUACUGCCACUACUGCAGCAGGGCCAAGAGCGCCUUGUGGAGCGCUACCAUGGCCGGCGUGCCAAACUGGUGGCCUGUGAUGGCAAUGAGAUUGACACCAUGUUCAUGGAUCGCCGACAGAACCCUGGCAUCCACGGCCGUGGCCUGCACCUGGUCAUCUGCUGUGAAGGCAAUGCUGGCUUCUAUGAGAUGGGCUGCCUGUCUGCACCACUUGAAGCUGGCUACUCAGUGCUAGGCUGGAACCAUCCGGGUUUUGGGGGCAGCACAGGUGCUCCGUUUCCACAGCAUGAUGCUAACGCCAUGGAUGUAGUGGUCAAGUAUGCCCUGCACCGCCUGCAAUUUCCACCUGCACAUGUGGUGGUCUAUGGCUGGUCUAUUGGAGGCUUUAGUGCGACCUGGGCUACCAUGACUUACCCAGAGCUGGGAGCACUGGUGCUAGAUGCCACCUUUGAUGACCUUGUGCCAUUAGCAUUGAAGGUCAUGCCCCACAGUUGGAAGGGACUGGUGGUACGCACUGUGCGGCAACACUUCAACCUCAAUGUUGCUGAGCAGCUGUGCUGCUAUCCUGGGCCAGUGCUACUGCUGCGGCGUACCCAGGAUGAUGUGGUCAGCACCUCGAGCCACCUGCCUACUCUGCCCCCUGGAGACGUGGAGGGUAACCGUGGCAAUGAACUGCUGCUGCGCCUGCUGCAGCACCGGUAUCCGACCUUAAUGGCACAUGAGGGCCGUGUUGUUGUGACCCGCUGGCUGCGCUCCAACAGCCUGGCACAGGAGGCUGCCUUCUAUACACGCUAUCGUGUGGAUGACGAGUGGUGCCUUGCAGUGUUACACUCUUACCGUGAGGGCUGCCAGGAGGAACAGGCCUGGGGGCCACAUGGGCCCACCUUCCCCUGGCUUGUGGGCCAGGGCCUGAGCCCACGGCGGCAACGCCAGCUUGCGCUGUUCCUUGCACGCAAGCACCUCCGAAAUGUAGAAGCAACUCAUUGCAGCCCACUGGAGCCUGAGGACUUCCAGUUGCCCUGGAGGCUGUAGCCUGGGCUGGUGAGGCUCCUGCUGUGGGUAUUCCACACCUUCUCAGCCUAAGGUUUAUUCCCUUUCUCACAACCCCAACCAGAAAAGCUAGUCCUGCCCAGUAUCCUGACCUGGUGUCUAAGGAGGGUAGGCAGUAUAUCUGGUCCAUGGUCAUCCUUCACAAGGGCAUUCAGAUCUUCCUUUUGGUCUUCCCUGCUCUGACCUUCCUUCCUUCCUGCAAACACUUUUGGACAACAGCUCCCAGUUCCCAAAGGGAAUGCAAAGAUGAACUUGG